GUAGAUUUUAGCCUGUUCCAAUCAUCCUUAUAUCGCGUUAAUGGAAUUUAUGAAAUUGCCUACCGUUCAAAUCGCUCUCUGUUGUUAGCACCACACUGAUUAACUACGAUGUUCCAAUUUUUUAGAAUUAUGUCCGACAUAAUUCUAAUUUUUGCUGUUACAGCAGAUAGUUAUGGUGUAAUGGCACGCAGGAAUAAGUCAUCCCUGUCCUCCAAAAAGCACAUGAAAAGGUAUUUGGUAAGCUAUGUCUUUUCCAAUAUCAAAUCCAAUGUAUCACAAUCUGUGGACUUUCUACUCAAAAACUAGAUUGAUUAAUUGAUAAUUCAUUGCUGAUUGUUCACGCGCCCUGUAUGGAAGUAUAUAAAUGGUAAUCCGCAUACUCCAGGAAGAAUUGAAGCAAUCUCAAAAGAAAAGAAGGGAAUCUGGAUCCUUCGUCGGAUCGUCAAAGAGCUUAGAGGGGAGCUCUACGCUUCACUGGCCAUGCAAAGCAGGGAGAGUGACGGAGGCGGAGGCACUGCUGGCUGCUGGAACAGACAUUAACAAGCUGGACAGAACGCAGUUUAACCCUUUCAUGGACGCGAUCAACUCAGGACAGGUCGACUGUGCUAGAUGGCUGCUGAGGCAAGACGGUUUAAAGCUUCAGCCCGAGAUAUGGUCGUUUUGUAGGGAGAGGGUGCUAGAGUCAUUGCUAACAGCUUAACAGAAGGUAAAAUCCUGAACUUUUGUUCAUUGAUUAAAAAUCACCAUUCAGACAUACAAUCGUUCAGAUGUAAAAAUUAUUUAUUCACUAUUUUGGAUUACAUUUAGUUACAGGACUAACAUGCGACAUCCGUCGUUGACCUUUGUCUUUAAUUCAACAAGGUAGGGAGAGCGAUCCAUGGCUGUCCCGAUAGACCCACUCAGACUCCUGCCGGAAGAUACUCCUCCGGUUGAUCCAGAUGAGACAGUUCUAGCAGAUGAUCAGUUACAGACUGAAGAACAUAUCCCACAGAUCAAUGCGUCAACAUCUGCAAAUGAAGCUGAUAUCAGAAUCGACAUGAUGAUGGUACUACACGAGAUGCUCAUGGAAAAGGUCUCCGUUUGCUUUCCUCCUCCCACGAGCAGUACAAAGUGUGGGUUCAACUUUAAUCUGAUAGAAGAUAUCGUAUGCGGAACCCAAGCCCGGCCAUGUCUGUACAUAAUAACGAAAGAAACCGGUUAUGCUGCGAGGGCGUUUACCUCGAUAGAUGUUGAAAAUGCCCACAGCAUUAUAAAUCAUUUGGACCGCCGAGGGGUCCAAAACUCCUCAAUCGAAGAGCUUAGUAGACAUGCCAGCAACCUACAGAGACUUCAAAUUCUCAGGAAACCUCUCUAGGACGGAAGCUUUAUACUCCGACAUCCACAAUUUACCACGCCCCUGAGAUCGACAAAGGUCUUUCUGAUAGAUUGACUUCCAGCCAAUUCGAUCUAUCGAAGCCGAGUGGGAAGAACAAAGAACUGAAACCCCAUGGUCGCAACGAUGCUCCUCGCGGACAAGGGAGAGUUAGGGCCAUCGGUGGUCACAAGACUGGAUAAUAUUUAUUUUUUAAGCGUUGAGGUUGUCACGAAAGCGUACUGUAACGGGACUAUCAGAUUUGAGUGAUUUGAUUUUGUGAUUUGCAGUUCACGUGAUUUUAUUGUGAUUUUAGACUGUAAAAACUAUAAAGGUUCAAGUUGAACUAUCGUCGCCAUGAUUAUGUAUUUUGGAACUGUUCACGUUGAAAUUGCUUCGUUAA